CGACAGGGGGAGGGAGGCCUCGGGUGGUGUACGCAUGCGCGCGGAAGCGAGGCAGUCAAGCCGGAGUUUGUGAGGAGAAGAGGCGGAGGAGAAGCCGGCUCGGGCCUCAGAGGACCCUCGGCGCCUGAGCGCCGGAGGAGAAGGACUAGGCCGCAACUGAGGCGCCGGGAAGCCACGCCCCCUUCGAGGCAAGCCACGCCUCCCCCGAUGAGGCCACGCCCCCGGCCCGCCCUCUCCGGAGGCUCCGCCCUUCUGCGCGCUCCCUCCUGAUUGUGGGCCCAAAACCCAUCCAUUGGCGCCCCUCUCUUGCCUUGGGGCCCAUCACCUCCUUCUCUGGACCCAGGACCACCCCUCUUCCUGUUUUGGUGAUUAUUUUGGCUCCUGACCCUGGCUUUGGGGGCUCUUCUGGCCUAAUUUGGGGCCUAGGACAAGGGGAAAGGGGGCUGAGGCUAUUUCCCUCCUUCUGCCUCCCUCUCAACGCAUCCCCAUUCAUUGGGACCCCUUUGGAGUGCCUCUCAAAGGGAGAAAGGAGGUCUAGUGUCACCCCCCCCCCCAUAACUUCCUUCUUUACAGCCCUUUUUUCUCCCUUUUUGUAGUAUCAGAUCCAUUUCUCCCUUGUCCCUCUCACACAAGGGGUUUUGGGGGUCUUUUGGCCCUUCCAGGUGCAUCUAAAAAGAGAUUCUCUCCCUUUUGCACCCCCCACUUUUGCACCCCCAUAUCCUUCCUCUUGCACCCCCAUAUCCUUCCCCUUGCACCUCCAUAUCCUCCCCUUCACACCUCCAUAUCCUCCCUCUUGCACCCACCUAUCUUCCCUUUUGUAACACUAUAUUCUCCCUUUUGUACUCCCAUAUCUUCCCCUUUGCACCCCCCUAUUUUCCCCUUUGAACCCCUAUAUUAUCCCUCUUGCACCCUCAUAUCCUCCCUUUUGCAUACCCCUCUUCCCCUUUGAAACCCUCUAUUAUCUCUCUUGCAUACCCUACCUUCCCUCUUUCAUCCCCCUAUCUUCCCCUUUGCACCCCUAUAUUAUCCCUCUUGCAUCCUCAUAUCCUCCCCUUUGCACCCUCAUAUCCUCCCUCUUGCAUACCUUAUCCUCCCUCUUGCAUCCCCCUAUAUUCCCCUUUGAACCCCUAUAUUAUCCCUCUUGCACCCUCAUACCUUCCCCUUUGCACCCUCAUAUCCUCCCUCUUGCAUCCCUCUAUCUUCCCUUUUGAACCCCUAUAUUAUCUCUCUUGCACCCUCAUAUCCUCCCCCUUGCAUCCCCCUAUUUUCCCCUUUGCACCUCUAUAUUAUCCCUCUUGCACACCCCCAUAUCCUCCCUCUUGCAUCCCCCUAUCUUCCCCUUUGCACCCCUAUAUUAUCCCUCCUGCACCCUCAUAUCCUCUCCUUUGCACCCUCAUAUCCUCCCUCUUGCACCCCCAUCCUCCCUCUUGCACCCUCAUAUCCUCCCUCUUGCAUCCUCCACCCUCCCUCUCAUACCCCCUAUCUUCCUACCCCCCAAAUCCAUCUCUGCCCCUCCCUCCCCCUUCAUCGCCAAGCCCGCCCCCUGCCUGAGGGUUUGGGGGGCUGUCGGAGGCACCGUUGCCGCCCCCCGUGGAUGCCGCCACCCCUCCGCCUGCCACCAUGGGCAAAGUGCUGUCCAAGAUCUUCGGCAACAAGGAGAUGCGGAUCCUGAUGCUGGGCCUGGACGCGGCGGGCAAGACCACCAUCCUGUACAAGCUGAAGCUGGGCCAGGCGGUCACCACCAUCCCCACGGUGGGCUUCAAUGUGGAGACGGUGACCUACAAGAACGUCAAGUUCAACGUGUGGGACGUGGGGGGCCAGGACAAGAUCCGGCCGCUCUGGCGGCACUACUACACCGGCACGCAGGGCCUGAUCUUCGUGGUGGACUGCGCCGACCGGGACCGCAUCGACGAGGCCCGCCAGGAGCUGCACCGCAUCAUCAACGACCGGGAGAUGCGGGACGCCAUCAUCCUCAUCUUCGCCAACAAGCAGGACCUCCCCGACGCCAUGAAGCCCCACGAGAUCCAGGAGAAGCUGGGCCUGACCCGGAUCAGGGACAGGAAUUGGUACGUCCAGCCCUCCUGCGCCACCUCGGGCGACGGACUCUACGAGGGGCUGACGUGGUUGACGUCUAACUAUAAGUCCUAAUGGCGGCUUUUACGCCAGGGACGGACAGGACUACGGUUGGUCUCCGAGAGGGUUUAGCGGGGCAGAGGAACACUGUGGCUUCCUGAGAAAACAAACAACAAUGAAUGAUUCUUCGUACUUAAACCGUUCAGAAAUUCAGCAUCCGUAGGAUUUUAACGAGCGCUCACUUCGCCUCCUGUUUUCCGCCCCUUUUCUCUUGCGCAAAACUUCAAUACGAUUCUUGCUUGGUGUUACGACGCUCUCAUCUUCUGCUGUGAAUGAACACAAAUACUAGUUUCUACGCCAGACUUCCAGCAACGUGGGAUGUGACGGGGGGAGGCUCACGUUGUAGCUUUGCGAAGUAACUUUUCUCCUGUUUCACAAGCCCUUGUUAUGAAGGGUUGGUUCGUUAGAGUCCUGGGGCUGUCACUUUUUCAAAUGUAUGGUUUCUCGGUCUGUUUUGCUUUGUUUCUUCAACCCCUUCCUCUCCAUUAUCAUCUGCUGUAGAUUGGCUUCUUUUUUGCAACCAUGGAGAAUAUGUUGAUAGGUCUCUUGUCUAGUAAACUGAAAACUGUUGCUUAUGAACAAA